UUAUAAACCGACUGUGUGUGUCACUGUUGAAGAAGAAUCUCUUCAUCUUGUCUUUCGCUCGGACAGGAAUCUAGAAAAUGGCCGAUGAACCUUCUCUUACUCGCUGGUCUUUUCAGGAUUUUAAGUUAUUUUAUGAUAUCAAGCUGGGGAGGAAGAAGGCUUCCACAAUAAAAAGUGAGGGUAGCAAUGACGAAACACUCUCUAAUCGAACUUCAAAUGGAAAUGACCACGUAAAGAGUACCAAUGACUUAUCGAUAUAUGAACAAUACAGUCAGGACAGAGGGAGUUCAACACAAACUUAUGGGGUUUCAUCUGCCAGAAUUGAUGAAAAGCCACUGAGAUCUCUGCUUCCUCCUUUUGAGUCUGUAGAAAUGCGUGCUUUAGCAGAAAGUCUGAGUAGGGAUAUUGUUCGUGGUAGCCCAGAUGUGAAGUGGGACAGCAUAAAAGGAUUAGAGAAUGCUAAACGUCUACUUAAGGAAGCUGUUGUCAUGCCAAUAAAAUAUCCUAAGUACUUUACUGGUCUUCUCUCACCAUGGAAAGGUAUUCUUCUUUUUGGCCCUCCUGGAACAGGAAAGACCAUGCUUGCCAAGGCUGUUGCAACUGAAUGCAAUACAACAUUUUUCAACAUCUCUGCAUCAUCUGUAGUUAGCAAAUGGCGUGGUGAUUCGGAGAAACUGAUAAAAGUGUUAUUUGAGCUUGCCAGGCACCAUGCCCCUUCAACAAUAUUCCUUGAUGAAAUUGAUGCUAUCAUUAGUCAACGCGGUGAAGCACGAAGUGAGCAUGAAGCAAGCAGACGCUUGAAGACUGAGCUGCUGAUACAGAUGGAUGGCUUGACGCGAAGUGAUGAACUGGUUUUUGUUUUGGCGGCCACUAACCUUCCCUGGGAGCUAGAUGCCGCUAUGCUUCGGCGUCUUGAGAAGCGGAUUCUUGUUCCCCUUCCGGAGCCCGAGGCAAGGAAAGCUAUGUGUGAGGAAUUACUGCCAUCAGAAUCUGAUGGAGAGAUUCUUCCAUAUGAUUUAUUAGUGGAAAUGACAGAAGGCUAUUCAGGCUCUGAUAUUCGUUUAUUGUGCAAGGAAGCAGCUAUGCAGCCAUUAAGAAGGUUAAUGCUAUUACUUGAGGAGAAACAAGAUGUGUUGCUGGACGAUGAAUUGCCAAAGGUUGGACCAAUUACUGAAAGAGAUAUUAAGGUAGCGUUGAGGAACACUCGACCUUCCGCGCAUCUCCAUGCCCAUCGUUAUGACAAGUUCAAUGAUGAUUAUGGUAGCCAAGUUGUCCAGUGAAGGCAUUCGUACAGCUCUCUCGGCUCUCUUGUCGGAACAUUAUACUGUAUUUUAUUCUAUUCAUAUUUGUAGUAUAAUUGUAGUAUAAUUACUAAAUACUUGACUGUAUUCUAUUAUAUACAUAUUUGUAGUACAUGAUUACUUCAUUUGUUAGACUUGUAGCGAAGUUCUUUGACGAAAUUUGGAGCAUGUGGCUCACUCGCUUAUCGUCUAGAGAAUUAUUACUCCCCAUCCUGAAAUUAUCGUCCUUGUUAACCUAGCAUGUUGUUACUA